AAGCGUCGGGGCUGCUGGCCCCGCGGCUCUUUCACGCGCGGCGGAUCGCCCUCUCCUGCACGGCUAUGCGCGCUCCGCGCUUCCUCCCGCCGGGGUUUCCUGGGACGCGGCUUUGCUCCAGUCUUUAAGCGCCCCCAGGGCCCCAAGCUCCGCUUUGUCUCCCGCCUCGACGCCCCUCCUGCUGCUUGCGCCGCCGCCACCAUGUCGGAAACCCGGAGCUGCUGCGACGGCAAGAAGGACGUGCAGGUGGAAGGCGGCGUCUACCUGGAAGAAGGGCAAUGCGACUCCGGCCUCGGCUCCAUCCGCUCCCUGCAGGGCCAGCUGGCCGAAGGCGAGCCCCGGUCGCCGGCAGCCCGAGGGGUCCGCUCGGACAAGGCUGCCGAUUUUGCGGACGCGGCCGCAGGCAAGGAGGGCUCGGCGUCGGACGCCUCCUCGGAGCCGGACGAGCGGCUCGAUUCUAGCUACGGCUCUUCCUCGCUCGUCGAGUCUUUGGCGGGUCUGGGAGAGACCCCGCGGCACCCUGGCGAAGAGGAGGAGGAGGAAGAGGCCGAAAGGGUCCGGCAGCAGCUGCUGCUGGAGACGUUCGCUUUCGUCUCGGAGGACGGAGACACGUUGCUACACCUGGCAGUCAUUCACUGUGUACCUGCAAUAGCACUCUGCUUCAUUGCCCAAUUGCCAGUGGAGGUUUUAGAGAUCCAGAAUGACUUAUUCCAGACCCCGCUUCACCUCUCCGUGUACCUGGAACAGUCCAGAGUGGUGCAAGCACUAGUCUUGAGAGGAGUGAACACAGCGCUGCAAGACCGCAAUGGAAACACACCACUGCAUUUGGCCUGUGAGCAGCAGAGUCUGGAGUGUGUGCGGCUGCUGCUGCAGGGGAUAAUCUCCAACAAGACCUUGGAGGCUAGAAAAAGCCACCAAGAUUUGCACCUGCAGAACUGGCAAGGCUUGACUUGCCUACACAUCAGCACCUUGAAAGGGAACCUGCAUCUUAUGGCGUUGUUGGUGAAGAGUGGAGCCGACAUUGAUGUUCAGGAUGGCACAAGCGGAAAGACACCCCUGCACAUGGCAGUGGAGAACCAUGACGAGAUGGCUGUGAAGCACCUCCUUGAAAUGGGGGCCCAGGUGGAUGCCCAGAUGUACAACGGUUGCACUCCACUGCACCUGGCAGUAGGCAGGAAGGACGCUGCGAUUGCUGCCAUCCUCUGCCAAUCGGGGGCAGACACCUUGCUGCGGAAUAUGGAGGAUGAGACGGCCCAAGACCUGGCUGAUGAAAAUGAUGAUAUUCUUACACUCUUGCCUUUUGAUGACCUGAAGAUCUCUGGCAAACCUGUUGUGUGCUCCAGUUGAGCACUGCAAAAUGUGAAUGAAUACUUCAUCAUUGGGAGACGAAUCCCGCUGCUGCAGGUUGAUAGGAGCAGAGCUGGUCACCAGCAAAGCAAUCCCCUUCUUGCAGAAUUGGAGCCUUUUGCGCUUCUUCAGACACUUACAAUAGUGUGCAGGACUUUGGGAGCUGGUGCAAGAGAAAAAAAUCGUUGUGUAUUUAAUUUGAUGGCGUCUUGGAGUUGCUGCCUACCUGAGUGACAAGAGUCCAGAUAGACAGAUUCUAUGUUUGUUUUGCCUGCUGUGUUGAAAAUUGGAGACACCAGAAGUUCUAGGAGGAUACUUAUUUUUUCCAAGACUGCACAGUCAACAGAGGUGGUGUGUCAGCCCUCAUUUUUCCCUCUUCCUCCUGCCCCCGCCAUUCACCUCAAGUCUGUGAUGGAACUAUAAUAGGUGUUUUUCUCUUUCCAGUCCGCCAGAGUCACUUCUGUUUUUAAAAUGCGUCUUUCCCGCACACCAGCUACUUUCUGAUCUAGCUACUACUGCUUAGGCCUUCUGCUUUUCCUUCAGUGGCCAGUUGAGGAUUUACUUAGGCUUCUAAUUCUGCAACAUCCAGGACUGCAAAUUGUUCCAUUCUCUACCUUUAGCCCACCUGUUGCCUCCCAUGGAGGAUAACCCUUGCAAGCAGAUUGGACAGACAACUCUUUAGUUCCUCCCUACUGCUUCUGUGAUGUGCCAGAAGGAACUUGAAGGCUGAGCUUAUGGGGACAAAAUGAGGCUUUCUCUCAUGCCUCAAGAUAACUGGUGUUCUUGAGGCCAGACUCGAAGCAAAGGAGCCUUAUUCUGUUUCAGUUUUCUUUCAGAUUUACUAGCUAAUAUUGCUGUAUAGGCAAGUGCCAUAUUUCUAAACUGCCAUGCUAAAAACACACUUCCCUCGCUGUGCUGGCAACUUGAAAUUCUGCCUAUGGAGCAAGGGAGAAGGAAAUUCCAAGGUCUACUCCCCUUCAUAAAGUGUUGUGAAAUCCCAUAUUGUAUAUUGCUUUUGUUCAUCUUGAACAUAAGCUUUAUAACAGUUGCCAGGAACUGUUUUUUGUUGUCCCUGCUGGAAGAAGCUGCACAUGGCUACGUUUCCUGCAUGCUGAUUCUUAGCAUUUGAACAGUACUCCUGCUUAGGAACAGAUCUGUCCAUUUUAGCCAGUGGGUAGGCAGAUUGUCUUGUUUCUCUCUACAUUCAAAGCAGCAAGUUUGGUGAUCCUAAGCAACCUAUCAUGAGGAGACUGCAAAACUGGGUUUGGAAAUCAUGACCUGCGGAGUGAGAGAACUCAGGAUCGUGGGGUGUGUGUAACAUGUGGUGGUAUUUGCUCUGUUGAUGAUUGUUGUGUUCCACCCAGAGGUUAUACACUCUGCUUCUCGCCAGCUGCAGCAAGUGUAGAGAAGCAUUUGGGUCAUCAAAUGGCAGGAAUAGCAGUUGCUUACAUGCAAACUUUACUCUGAACUGGGGAAAUUCCCAGUCCCCUCCCUCCCACUAUUUGCUGCCUGGGAGCGGCUGUUUGUAACGUGGCAAGUCCUGGAUGGCGCAAUCAGCUGGGAUGUUUUAAGGAGAGGUUUUCUUCCCUGUUUUUUAGAAGACCAACCUAGAAGCAGCAGCAACUUUUAUGCAAUAUUUUCCAGCAAAGUCUUCCUUGAUUUUUAUAACUGGCUUGUUUGCUUGAGACCUUAGCUCUUCUUCCUCCUGCACUCCCCCAUUGUGUUUUUAUUAACUUUUUUUUUUGUCUAAACAACACAAUAAAGUUUUUAAAACUGGAUUAA